AUGUCAUAUAAGAAUUCCAAAAUAAGAACCAUAUCAAAUGAUGAUACUAUAGAACCAAUUGAUAAAAAUUGGCAUAAUUGCGAUUAUGAAAUAAAAGAACAAGAUAGAUUUUUACCAAUAGCAAAUGUCGGCAGAGUAAUGAAAAAAGCAUUACCAAAUCAUGCAAAAUUAUCAAAAGAAAGUAAAGAAUGUAUACAAGAAUGUGUUAGUGAAUUUAUAAGUUUUAUAACAAGUCAAUCAUCAGAUAAAUGUAAAUUAGAGAAAAGAAAAACUUUAAAUGGUGAAGAUAUUUUAUGGAGUUUAUAUAUUUUAGGAUUUGAAAAUUAUUCUGAAACUUUGAAAAUUUAUUUAGCAAAAUAUAGACAAUAUGAACAAGAACAAACUUUGAUUAAACCUCCAAGAAAGAAACCUAAAAGAAAUAGAAAAAAUCAAAAACAAAAAAGACAACAACCAUCUGAAGAAGAUGUUGAUGAAGGAGAAGAAGAAUUAGAUCUGGAUCAGGUGUUAAUUGAAAGUUAUGAUGAUGAAUUUGAUGAAGAUGAACAAUUUGAUGAAGAAAAUGGAAAUGAGAAUGAAUUUAUUAAUAAUGAGGAAUUUGUAAAUUAUGAUCAAUCACUGUCUACUCAACAACAACAACUACGAAAUGAUCCAGAGUAUGAACAAUUUUUACAAAAUCAGCAUUUGCAACAACAAUUUAGAAAUCAACAACAAUUUAGAAAUCAACAACCAUUAGAACAACAACAACCACUUCUACAUCAACAUCAACAAUAUCCUUAUCAGCAACAUGAAACAUAUUCAAUGGCACCACCUCAAACUCAACAUCCAAUUGAGCCAAGCUAUAAUACUCAAAUAAAUCAUACUACUCCAACAACAACAAGUGAUGUAACAAUAAAUCAAAUUGGUUCUAAUAUUGAAUUUAUUUUAAAAAGUUCCCCUAGCAAUUUACAAAAUCAUCAGAAUAAGUAUUAA